AUGUUAGCUAUUGAUGAACUUGAAACAGGAACAGGAGCAAACCAAAUUGGGACUCUAAAACGAGCUGGAGAUUCUCGUUCGGGGUCUCAUUUUAAUUCUAUUUGUAGCCUAAUGAGGAUGUUUGGUCCAACUUGUUUGGUGCUUGAAAAUAUAAAAGAAGACGGGUCCACCUACUUGCAAUGUGGAGAUGCAAAUGUAGCUCAUAAAAUGAUUAAUUCAUUUGAGUUUAUAUUUAGUUUACAUCUAAUGAAGGAAAUCAUGGAUCUAAGUGCUCAAUAUGCUGAAGGUAGAAGUCAUAAGAAAAGGGAUCAUGUUAAAGUGGAGCAUCAUUAUCAUUUUGAUAUAUUUAAUGCUACAAUAGAUGUUCAAUUGCAAGAGCUUGACAAUAGGUUUGGUGAACAACCAAUAGAACUCUUGACACUUUGCUCUACAUUGGAUCCAAAGGAUGCUUACAAAUCCUUUAAUGUGGAUGAUAUAUGUCGUCUUGUUGAGAAAUAUUAUCCUCUUGAUUUUUCUGAGCGUGAUAGGACUGGUUUGAAAAUUCAAUUGAAGCUAUUUGAGCAUGAUGAGCAAAAUCAUUUGAAGUUUCAGAAUUUGUCAUCUAUGGCAGAAUUAUGUCGAAGGUUAGUAGAGACAGAAAAGUCAAAGGUAUAUUCUCUUAUUGAUCGAUUGAUUCGCCUUGUUUUGACUCUUCGAGUGUCCACAGCAACUGGUGAGCGAGCCUUUUUAGCUAUGAAAAUUGUUAAAACAAGACUGCGCAACAAAAUGGAGGAGUUUCUCUCAGAUAACUUAGUUGUCUACAUUGAAAAGGAAAUUGCUAAGAACUUCACUACUAACUCAAUACUUGAUGACUUUAGAUCUCUUAAAGAGCGUAGGUUACAGUUUUGA